GUCCCAUCACCAAACGCUCCCCCCUUCUCUCUCUCUCUAAAAUUAUCUAUUUCUUGAAGUCUUGAACACAAAACAAAAACAAAAGCCCAAGAACCUUUCCCGUGAAAAUUCCACAGUAACACACCCCCUGCAGCUUCCAAUUCUCAUUCACAUGUAGGAAGGGAGAGAGAGAACAAGAUCGGUCAUCGUGUAAACCUUCUCGAUGGACUCAGCUUCCGGUGGACCAUCCGACCCGAACAGCGUCGGAGGCGAGGUUCCACCCGCAGCAACCGGGUCCACCACCACCACAGCGACGAUGACAGCUUCGGCCUCGUCGUCUCCAGCAGCGCCGCCGAGCCGUUACGAGUCGCAGAAGCGGCGAGACUGGAACACGUUUCUGCAGUACCUGAAGAACCACAAGCCGCCGCUGACGCUGGCCCGGUGCAGCGGGGCCCACGUGAUCGAGUUCCUCAAGUACCUCGACCAGUUCGGGAAGACUAAGGUACACAACCAGGGGUGUCCUUACUUCGGUCAUCCGAAUCCUCCGGCGCCGUGCGCCUGCCCACUCAAGCAGGCCUGGGGUAGCCUCGACGCGCUCAUCGGACGGCUGAGGGCCGCGUACGAGGAGAACGGUGGACGGCCAGAGUCGAAUCCGUUCGGGGCACGCGCAGUCAGAAUCUACUUGAGGGAGGUCAGGGAGGGUCAGGCCAAGGCCAGGGGGAUUCCCUACGAGAAAAAGAAGAGGAAACGGCUAACCACCGUUACAGUCGCCGGAAAUGUGUCGAUGGGGCCCAGUAGUGCUGCUCAACAAGGCGGCGAUGCUUCCGGUGGCGGAGGUGAUGGUGGUUCAACUGGUCAAACUACUACUGCUGUUCCCGCAGCUGCUGUUACAACUACUACUGCUGCAGUAUAGGUUCCACUAAUUUUCUCUCUUUUCUUCUUAUAAAAAUUAUUCUUCCCUUAAAAAUUGUGAUUAUGAGUAUGUAUAUCAAGGCGAAUCUCUCUGAUGAUAUUGGAUCGACCCGAAUGAAGGAAACUUUUAGAAAUUAAUUUGGA